UCCCCGAUCCCCCACUUCCCGCACCUCCCAUCCAAAAAAACCACCCCACCCCACCCGCUGCCCCGAUCCCCACCUUGACCUCGCUCGAUCCCCUCCCUCGAGUGCCGCCACCCUCGCUGGAUCUCGCCGCCAUGCACGCCUCCUCCCGCCGGCCAACCUACCCAAGGCGCCGCCGCCCCCCGACCUACCAGCGCGGGGUCGCUGGGCGCCGCCCACGCCACCGGGAACCUGCUGCCGCACUUCCGCCAUGGCCGCACGCUCCUCCGCGGCCCAAUCGUCGCCUCCGCCAGGGAUCCUCGAGCACCAUCAUCCUGGCAUGCAGAUCAUGGCCGCCUCCCCACGCAGUCCCCUUCUUGCUGCCGACGUGAAUCCUGUCAACCCCUUCCUCUUCUCCUUCUCUUCCUCCAGUGAUCUUUGCUGGAUUCUGCCGCCGUCAACACCAGGCAUCGGAACCCCGUCCCUGCACUCCAUCGCCGCGCCCUGUCUUCUUCUCGCUGCGGCUGCUCCACAUCGCACCUAUCUGCCCAGCAAAAUGCUGCACUUUUGGUGCAAUACGGAAGAUGAACUCAACAAUCUCUGAGGCGAUGGCACAACCGGAAAGUAUGAGGAGUGGGACCGUGUGUAUCGCUAUGACUACUACAACGACCUCGGUGAGCCAGACAAGGGCCAUCCGCGCCCGGUUCUCGGCGGCACCCAUGAACUCCCCUAUCCCCGUCGUUGCAGAACUGGCCAACCCCCAUCAAAAACAGACCCUAGAUCGGAGAGCAGAAUUCCUCAGUACAAGAUACAGGAGGCCCUCAACAUCACUGUUCCGCGUGAUGGUAUUUAUGCAUGUUCCUAGUUGCUACGGCAAUGCUGGAUUUAAUCAUCCUAGGAGAGAAGAAGCAAAAAGACAAUCAAAGUGUGAGAGAGAACACGAACAAUGAUGAGAGGACAAAAAAUGUGUGGUGGUGAAUAGCUCCACUGCAUUGCCAUUUGGCCCCAUUUUGCCCAUUUAGCCAGUGUCCUUUUCAAAGUGUUCAUCUUUAAAGAUAAUGGAUCCAAUUUCUUUAGUAUAUACUUACAAUUGCAACUCUGGACGUCUGUGUAAUGUUUGUAAACUUGUAAAGAAAACGGAAGUUCAGGGCGAAA